GUUUAUUUUCAUCAUAUUAUAAUCUUUUUUCAAAUGCUCUUGCUUAUAAAUGGAUUAUGUUUCAUUACUCCUAAAUUAAUUGUACAAUUGUGCAAACCGCCACAGUGUAAAAUUAAAUCAUGUAUCUCCAAAUUUGAACUUUUUUAUUAAAUACUAUUCCGUAAGUUUCGUGCCAUUAUUUUUAUCAAUGUUAUAAAACAUUUUUCGUUUACUGUAUUUGUGUUUCAAAUGAUUUUGUAACAGAGAGGUCAAGGAAAGAAGUUUCUGAUGUAUUAGCCAAUCAGUACUUUGUUGAAACAACUAUGUUCACAGAGGCCAAGAAUAUGUUAGAGACUGAUGGAGUUAUUGUAAUAAAAGGAGCUCAAGGGGAAGGUAAAACAACAAUAGCUAAGAAGCUAGUUAACAAUCCGGCCAAAUGUUUAAAGAUUAAUUCUGUUGCGGACUGGGAUAUGUAUUCAAGACACGAUGUUGAAACUGUUCUUAUUGAUGACAUGUUUGGUUGUACUAUGUUUGACAAAUAUGAAAGUAGGAAAUGGCUAAAAAUAUUUCCGCAAUUGAUGUCUAAAGUUUCAAAUAAAGAGGUAAAAUUGAUAAUCACAUCCCGUUCGUAUAUUUUGGAUGAUGCGCAAAAGAAAUUAUUUAUUUCCCACCACAUCAGAGAAUGCAAUAUGCUUGAAAUCUCUUCGAAAAAACUUGAGGAUAAUGAGAAAAUAAAAAUAGUUGAAAGUCAUUUGGAAAUGAAUGGAAAGAAAAAAGAUAAAGACCUUAUUAAAGAUUGCGUUAAGCAGUCAAAUAGACCGUCGUCAUUUAUUAUUGGAUUUCCUGAAUGUGCUAGACUAUUUUGCACCCAAGAAAGCCUAUUUCAAAAAGGAGGUGCAUUUUUUGAAACACCGAUGACUCAUAUAAAAGCGUGUCUUAACAGUGUUUUUAACACCGAUGAGGCAUUUCUUGCAUUCUUUGUUCUUUGGGCACAGCCAUCCCAACAGCUUUGUUUGAUGGAUUUAGAACAAAGUCCCGCAAACACUCCAAACUAUAUAAAAGAUCCAAUUGAACACCUAGCUUAUGACCUGUAUCGUUCUUUGAGAAUUAUUGGUGACAUUUUGUCCAAUAACAAAGAUUUCGUCUAUUAUGAUACUAAAACUGAAACAUUUCGAUUUCAACAUCAGGUAUUAGGUGAUGCAGUUGGCCUUGUUGCCUUUGAGAAAAACAAAACUGCAGUUUUAGAGUAUUGUAACGCCUCUUUUAUUGAAAGAUAUGUUUGUAUUGAAGGACAAACUAACGACAAAACCCGAAAUGGCACGACCCUUAUUAUCAUACCUAAACGGUUUGAUCAGCUUUGCUUGAAAAUGGGACAACUAAUAUUUCCAAAAAUCAAGAGAAACAAAGAAGAUCAUUAUUUAAACUGUAGUCUUUUGUUACAUCCUGCGUUCAAAGAAAAGUCUUUUUGUGCCACGUUUAUAGAAACAAUGAGGGAACAAAAACUGUUGUUAGAACUCUUAACACGGCCUGUUGGAACAGUUGUGACAAGCUUGUUAGAUGUGCAGAGUGUAAUUGAUAAAGAAGUUACGAAUACCGAAAUCGGUAUUCUGGUGUAUGCACUGAGCAAUUCAUUGAUGGCAUUUGCCUUUGCAUGUUAUUCCGAAAUGAAAAGUCAUAAUGUGUGCGUGGGCAGAUUAGAAACUGAUUUAAAUAUGUCAAUGCUUUUGGCAGUUGUAGAGGGGGACAAAAACAGAAUAAAUUAUCUAACAAAAGAAAUGAAGGUUCAAUCUGUUGAUUGUAACAUUAUACUUUCCGCAAUGAAAAAGGCAGAUGACGCUUUGCUUGAUACCGUAUUAAACAUUAGCAAAAUGCCAAUUAGCCAAUACAAGAGAGAAGGAAAGAAUCCCAUGAUAAUUUUUGUUGAAGAAAAUAACAAAAACGCCGUAACGUGUAUAAUGAAAAGCAAGUAUUUUGAUCACGACGUAGAUUAUCAAAAUGAAAAAGAUAAGAAAACAGCUCUGCAUAUCGCAUGUGCACGGGGUAAUUUGGAAAUUACUCAGUUGCUCUUAACACAAAAUCCGAACUUACAGCUUAGAGAUAAUAAUAAUGAGUGUCCAAUCCAUUCAGCUGCUUUGAAUGGAAAAACAGAAAUAGUUGACUUACUAUUGGGCCACGACAUCAAACAAGGCGAUUACGUACUAGAUUUAUCAGAUAAUAAAAGAAUGCCUCUUUACCACUUAGCAGUUUGGAAGCAUGAUUAUAGCCUAUUAGAGGUGCUUUUGGAACAUAAAAUACCGGUCACGUGCACCAACGUAAAAAAACAAACACCUCUAAUAUAUGCUUUACAAAAUCAAAAGUUUACCAUGAUUCCAAAACUUAGAAAUGCAUCCAUUAAACAAAAUGCGCACACAUGUGUUGACAGCGAAGGUCAGACAGCGCUUCAUUUAGCAACUGAAAGACUCCUUUUCAAUAAUCUUAAUGAUGGUGAACAAAUUCAUAUCUUGAAUGAAACUGUAGAACUGCUCUCAAAGGAUGUAGGUAAGAUUCCAAACAAACUUGGACACACACCUUUGCAGAACGUGCUAAAGAAAAGGCAAUAUCAUCAAAAGAAAUUAGACAUGCAUGACAAUGUAAUCAAAAGACUAAAGAAGUAUGAAUAAAUUCUAUACGUGCACUGUGACCCAUGAAUGGUCAAUAUUUUGUAAAUUCAUAGAAAACGGAACAUUUCAAAAUGCAAUAACAUAUGAUAAGAAAACAUGUAAAUAUGUCAAAGCGUAUUAAAUGUACACUAAUGAAAAUCGUCAUCUUUAUGUUUCUUUAUUAUAAAACAACGACAACAAGAAAAUUAAAAAACAUAACAACAGUAAACAAAUACAAAAAAGGCAACAACAGGAACAUUAAAAAAGUAAAUAAAAAAACAACGACACAAAAUAAAACAUCAACUCAUUGUCUAAGUGUUGAUUUUUAUAUUUGGUUUAUUUACCGUCAAUGUCUUGUUUGAUGUCCCCCUCUCGUCAUCAGCUGUCUGGUACAUACUGAUGGUCAAAAAGGGGAUAUCUGUCCAUCUGUUCAAUAGAGCGCCGACAAGCUGAUCCACAGUCUUAAGUUUCGGUCUGAUAGUCAGCGUUGCAAUUCAUCUCAUGGUUACUAUAUAGGCUUUUAAAAAUAUCACAGGUGCAAGAAAUAGGAAUUUACACCUUCUUAAUCACGCUGCAUUGAUUUUUGUUCCGAUGUGUAUUGAAAUGCAUAGACUAAUGUGCUAUUCGGGAGAUAAUUUCAUUGCCGCAAGCGAAAUGUUUGAUAUUCCUGAUUAAUAUCAACGAUAUUUGUUCAUUGUAGUAAAUGAAUUUUACUUUGGCCUGACGACCUCACAUAAGCGGUAUUCAGUCUUAAACAUACACUGCAUUAGCAUUAUACAUGUAUAUCGCGAUGAUAUAUCUGUUACAAACGAUAUAGUACAAUCGAUUGGUCAAAGGCUAUUAUCAUUAUGUGCCAAUGUCUGUAGAAUCAUUCUCUUACUUUUCAAUUUUAAUCAUUUGAAGUCCAGAUGUACAAUGUGGAUGUGAUUUUUAUCAAAAUGGUUUGAAAUUCUAAAAAAAAACGUUAAAGUCAAACAUUGCGCAAUCAAACACGCUUGUUUUUUAUGCCACCGCAAUCUGCGAUGCGGUGGCAUAUAUCGAUUUACCUGUGUGUGUGUGUGUGUGUGUGUGUGU